GAAACUCCCCCUUCCUGACCUUUCCUUUAUAGGCUCUCGAUCCCUUUCAAAGAUCAAAGUUCAUCUUCAUUCAUGUCUAUGCAGACAACCAAAAAUAUCUGAUAGCAGGUUCUCCCAAGAGACAAUAAUGAAGUUACUAGGUUGGAUGCACCAAAAGUUACGGCAAAAUAGCAUCGAGACAUUCAGAGAUUUCGCCAUCGGGAGCUACUGCACCUGUCUUUCCGCACAACAACCGCACGAUGAGAAAGACUUAUUCACAAUGCCAAACUUCAGCUCCAGAUAUGCUCCCAAAUCAUCAGAGAGCCCAGCAGAGGAAUAUGGAAAUUCCAUCUCUCUUGAACCAGAAACUUCCACUGAACUUUUCCAUGGCUUUCUUGCCAUAGGAUUUCUGGGUUCAGAAGCAGCUCCCAGUGAGCCUGCCACGCCAACAUUUGCUGUGACUUUGGACAACAUGACCAAAGAAGCAGUAGAAGUAACAGAGGAUGAUUUGAAGGUUAUAAAUAAUGAACUAGAGAAGUUUCUUGAGGCUGAAUCUCAAGAGGAAGGGCACAAGGGAUCAUCAAGGAAUAGUUAUGCCAGCACCAUAACACUCGACAGCCCGCAAAUGGAGGCAGUUGAAGAUGAAGGACCUGCAGAUACAGUGGUUUUUCCACUACAGGGAUAUCUGUUCGGCUCUUCAGUCGAAUUGCCAGAAACAAAGAUAGAGAUGAAGAAACAAAAGGCAUCCCUUUUGCAGCUGUUUCAAGAAACAAGGAAAACAGGUGGAGAUUGUUCAAAGAAAUCUGAGAUGGGAGCUAAACUAGUCGAGCCAAUACAUAAAUCUUCCAAACAUAUUAUGAAGAAGUUUCUCAAAAAGCUGUGUGCUUCUUCAAGACCCCCAAGUCAUUCCACUGGAGGAGAUGCCACUGAAUCAUCUUUGCCCAAGAAAAAAUUCCAUAAGGUCCUUCAAAUGUUCCGUAGAAAGAUCCAUCCAGAGAAUGCUAUGGAUACAGCAGAAAUGAACAAGUGUAAGGCGUACAAAAGCAAGAAAGCCUUUAAUGAUAAUAGCUGCAGCCACAAGGAUUUGAUAGACCAGGACAAAGCCAACAUAAGUUCUGCUCAGGGCUUAAUGUCAACGGAAGGAGAGAAGGCCAGCUUAAAACUCCGACCUCCUGAGAUUGCUACGGCCACCUCAGAUGACUGCAGGGAGCACUGGAUCAAAACAGAUGCAGACUAUCUGGUGUUGGAGCUCUAGCUAAGAGAAUAUUACUGGAUAUUUGUGGUAAUGCUGUUAGUUUAUGUGAUUGUGGUUUUUGUCUUACAUGCUUAUGAGUGAGACUGAUCUUAAAUAAAGUGUAAGGGACUUAUCCAUCAUCUCUGAAUGUAAGAAAUUAUCUGUAA